CCACCUCCCAAGUCAGGUGGUGUUGCCUUGCCUCGCCCUCCUCGGCAAGAUGGUGGCGCUCAGCUGCCACGCGCGGCGCUUCUGGGUUUGGGGCUCCGGGCUGCGUGUGGGUAAUGUCCUCUCUCUCGCCUCGAAGCCAUUUUGCACAGCCGCUGCUGCCUCUAGGCCCCUGGAUGCCCAGCAGUUAGCGGAGAGGCUCCGAACCCAGAAACAGGAACAAAAGACGAAGAAGGGGCCGGUGCUCACAAACCCUGUCCAGCGGAGAGUGCAAGAACUAGUGCGGUUCACACAGCAGCUGCAGAGAGUCCACCCCAACGUGCUCGCUAAGGCACUGAGGCGAGGGAUUGUCCAUCAGGACCAGGACCUUGUGGUCAUCAAUAAGCCCUAUGGUCUCCCUGUGCAUGGUGGCCCUGGGGUCCAGCUCUGCAUCAGUGAUGUGCUGCCUAUCCUGGCAAAGAUGCUCCAUGGCCACAAGGCAGAGCCACUGCAUCUGUGCCACCGGCUGGACAAGGAAACUACAGGUGUGAUGGUGUUGGCUUGGGAGAAGGAAGUGGCGCACCAAGUCCAAGAGUUGUUCAGAACCCGCCAGGUGACAAAGAAGUACUGGGCUGUCACGGCGCGCGUCCCAGUGCCCGCAGCAGGAGCUGUGGAUAUCCCCAUCAUCGAGAAGGAGGUGCCAGGGCAGCAGCAGCACCACAAGAUGACGCUAUCCCCGAGUUACCGUAUGGACAACGGGAAAAUGGUGAAAGUGCGGACCAGCCGGAACGCGCACAUGGCGGUGACUCAGUACCGGGUGCUGAGCAGCACGGCCUCCUCCGCCCUCUUGGAGCUCCAGCCUGUCACUGGGGUAAAACAUCAGCUUCGAGUUCACUUGUCUUUUGGACUGGAUUGCCCGAUCCUUGGUGAUCACAAGUACUCCGACUGGAAUAGGUUGGCCCCCCAGAAGCUGUCUGCCGGCACACUGAAGAGGCUGGGGCUGCCGCAGUCGAAGGCCCGCCACAUCCCUCUUCACCUGCACGCCCGCCAGCUGGUCCUGCCCGCCCUGGGGUCCAGGGAGGAGGAGCUCAGCUUGGUCUGCAGGCUUCCUCGCUACUUUGUUCGCUCUCUGAGCCAUCUGGGCUUAGAGAUGCCAAGUUGGAAUCCAGACGGGGAGGCCAGAGCUGGACAUCUGGGAACACAGUGAAUGAAGACGGUUGAGCAGGCUGGCCCCGAGUUCGCUUUGUCGAGUGGACUGCUCCCUUGGGUCAGACUCCAGAAGAGCCAGGUGUGAGAAGCUGAAGAAGCCCAGCUGUUCCAGGGCUUUUCCUGGGAACUAAAGUCUUUUUUAUUUGCCGAUACUUGGACCACACUCUGGAAAAACCUGUGGGAAGUCUCCCUGCCUCAAGGUCAUCUUGCCAAGCUGGAAGAGAGCCUGGGUCCAGGCAGCUUGGGUCAAUAAUAGGAAAAGGGGAACUACAGCAUAGAAUCUAAAAGCAGGGACCAUUUUCAUCCAGCAGUAAAGUUCUUGAUCAAUCAGGAAGGUUCCUGUGCUUGGAACGAGCAUGGCUGUUCUCUGACUUGUGGAGAAACUCAGAAGCAGUUCGUUACCCUGCUCAGGGAGCCACAGCGCCUGUGAGCAAACCUCUUCUCCUUCACAUUUGUCCUGGGGUGGGUGGCCAUGCACGUCAGAACUCGGGCUCCCUUCGUGCCAGCAUGGGAGCCGUGGGGCCUGUGAAGGGUGCUCACUGCCAGCAAGGGAAGCAGGCAGGAAACACGAAGGAGUGGCGCCGGCUGGGUGUGGUGCUGGAGCGAGGAGCACGCACGGCCGUCUGAAGUGGGCACUUGUCAGCUCCAUCAGGCUGUUGCUGUGUGGGAACAGAUCUUGUAAUUUUUUUUUUUUUCAGA